GUUCACGUGAUCAGACCCACUUGUAAACCGGAAUUAAUUGUGAUCUCCAGUCAUUCAUUCACUGACUGUAAUCUCCAACACUGACAGAAUUGCAUUGAAGGAAAACAGCAUACCAAACUAUGGCUGCAGAUUCUAUGGAAAUUGAUGAUACAUUGUACAGCCGUCAACGCUAUGUACUGGGUGAUAGCGCAAUGCAGCAGAUGGCACAGUCUCAUGUGUUUCUCAGUGGGAUGGGAGGGCUAGGUGUAGAGAUGGCGAAGAAUAUUGUACUUGCAGGAGUAAAGGCAUUGACUGUUCACGAUACAAAGAAAUGUGAAACCUGGGAUCUCGGAGUUAACUUUUUUAUUCGUGAAGAUGAUGUUCUGAACCAGAGGAAAAGAGUGGAAACUGUUUAUCCUCGCAUUGCUGAGUUAAAUCCAUAUGUCCAAGUCAACAUGUCAACUGCACCCAUUGACACAACAGCUGAUCUGUCGUUCUUAAAGCAGUAUCAGUGCGUGAUCCUAACUGAAACCAGGCUUUCUCUCCAAAAGAAGAUUAAUGAAUUUUGCCAUUCACAACAGCCUCCAAUUAAGUUCAUCAGCACUGAUGUAUACGGGAUUUGCUCUCGUGUGUUCUGUGAUUUUGGAGAACAGUUUGAAGUCUCUGAUCCCACCGGAGAAGAACCUAAAGAAAUCUUUGUGCAGAGUAUAACACAGUCAAACCCUGGUGUGGUAACCUGCAUGGACAAUAGCAAUCAUGGACUUCAGUCAGGACAGCUUGUCACCUUUCGGGAAGUCAACGGGAUGUCCAAAUUAAAUGGAACUACUCGCCAAAUAACAGCACUGUCACCCUAUACCUUCAGUAUUGGGGAUACAUCACACUUGGAAGCAUACACCCAUGGAGGAAUCAUUGUUCAGAUAAAAUCCCCCAAGACUUUCUGCUUUGAAAAAAUGGAGAAGCAGCUUUCUGACCCAAGUUGCCUUAUAGUAGAUUUCAGCAAGCCUGAGGCCCCUCUACAGAUUCAUGCAGCCUUGUUAGCUAUGGACAUGUUUCAAGAGCAGCACCAGCGCAUGCCAGGCAUCGGGUGUCUUCAAGAUGCAGAGCUAUUAUUAAAGCUGACAGAAGAAGUCAAUACAACUCUGGUAAACAAAGCCGAUGUUAACGAAGACCUUGUGAAAUGGGUGUCCAGGACAGCGAGAGGCUCUUUGCCCCCUCUUGCUGCUGCAGUAGGUGGAAUUGCAAGUCAAGAAGUCUUGAAAGCACUAACAGGCAAAUUUGCUCCGUUACAGCAGUGGUUCUAUUUUGAUGCACUAGAAGUAGUGAAGGCCCUCGAGACAACCACAUGUGAAGAGUUCUUCCCAAGAGGAGAUAGAUACGAUGCCCUACGUGCCUGCAUAGGGGAAACCAUGUGCCAAAAACUACACCAGCUGAAAGUGUUCAUAGUUGGAUGUGGUGCGAUUGGCUGUGAAAUGCUGAAGAAUUUUGCACUUCUUGGUGUUGGUCUUGGCAGCAGCUCAGGAACGAUUGCUGUUACAGAUCCAGAUUUAAUUGAAAAGUCUAACUUGAACAGGCAAUUUCUUUUCAGACCUCAUCAUAUACAGAAACCAAAAAGUUGUACAGCUGCGGCUGCAACCUUGGAAAUCAACCCACAGAUAAAGAUUGAUGCCCACCUUAAUAAAGUGUGUCCAGCCACUGAAAAUAUUUAUAAUGACGAGUUUUACACCAGACUGGAUGUCGUUGUAACAGCACUUGAUAAUGUAGAAGCCCGGCGAUAUAUUGACAGCCGGAGUGUAUCCAACCAGAGGCCUCUGCUGGACUCUGGGACUAUGGGAACAAAAGGACACACUGAAAUCAUUGUACCGAAUCUGACAGAAUCUUAUAACAGCCAUAGAGAUCCCCCUGAAGAAGAAAUUCCUUUCUGUACGUUGAAAUCUUUCCCAGCAGUCAUUGAACACACAAUACAGUGGGCGAGAGAUAAGUUUGAAAGUUCUUUUACACACAAGCCUUCAAUCUAUAACAAGUUUUGGCAGAUCUAUUCAUCUGCAGAGGAGGUGCUGCAGAGAAUGCAGUCCAGAGAGAGCUUGGAGGGAUCUUUUCAGGUUGUCAAAUUACUCAGUAGAAGACCUACACACUGGUCACAAUGUGUUACACUGGCAAGAUUGAAGUUUGAAAAAUAUUUUAAAAGAAAGGCUGUUCAACUGCUGCAUUCAUUUCCUCUUGACACAAAGCUAAAAGAUGGGAGCUUAUUUUGGCAAUCUCCAAAAAGACCACCUUCUCCAAUAUCGUUUGACAUGACUGAUCCAUUGCACUUAAAUUUUAUAGUGAGCGCAGCAAGACUUUUUGCAUCAGUUUAUAACAUCUCUUACACAGCAAAGGACUUGUCACAUGAAACCAUCUUUCAAAUAGUUUCAGAUGUAAAGAUUCCAGAAUACAAGCCUUCUGAAAAAAAGAUUGAAACAGACGAAAGUGCAAGGAAGUCUGAUCAGACCAAGCUGGCAGUGAGUAGUGAAGAAGAGAGGGAAGCCAUCAGUCAAUUGGAAAAAGCCAUCGCUGUGGCUGCAGUCACAAAAGAUCACCUCCAGAUGACGCCAGUCUCCUUUGAGAAAGAUGAUGACAGAAAUGGACACAUAGACUUUAUAACAGCUGCCUCCAACCUGCGAGCCAGGGUGUAUAACAUAGAGGCAGCAGACAGACUAAAGACCAAGAGAAUUGCUGGAAAGAUCAUCCCUGCCAUAGCAACAUCCACUGCAGCUGUGUCUGGAUUGGUGGGACUUGAGCUGAUAAAAGUCGUUGGAGGAUACAGUUUUGAUUCUUUUAAAAACUGCUUUUUUAACCUAGCAAUUCCAAUUAUUGUUUUUACUGAAACAGCUGAAGUGAAGAGAACACAGAUACGAGAUGGAAUAUCCUUUUCUAUCUGGGACAGAUGGACAAUUUAUGGGAAAGAAGAUCUGACACUCUCAGAUUUUAUAAAUGCUGUCAGGGAAAAAUAUGGGAUCGAGCCCACCAUGGUGGUACAUGGAGUUAAAAUGUUAUAUGUCCCAGUUAUGCCAGGGCACAACAAGAGACUUAAGAUCACGAUGCAAAAACUCAUCAAACCCUCCUCUGAGAAGAGGUACGUAGACCUAACUGUGUCUUUUGCAUCUGAAACGGAUGGAGAUGAAGACUUGCCAGGUCCUCCAGUGAGAUACUACUUCUGCCAGGACAACUGAACCACUUGUCAACCCUGCAGGCAAGGACCACUAACAUAUAGACUGCAGUAUAGCAUUCUUCUGUAAAUACUUUUAUAUUUUACUGCAUAGCUUUAUAUGCAGCUGCCUUAAUGUGUGUUUAACAACAGACUUGCGAAAUUAUGAAUUUAUUGAUUUCACUUUGUAAAUGGCUUGGUUCAAACUGUUCAUCCUGAAACAUAUUUCAUUGUACUUUUAAGUGCAGUCUUUCACAUUCAUUGUAUCUGAAUCAUCCGAACACCAAAGAUUUUUAGAAAUGUUGAACUGUGAUCUCACAAUAAACACUGAAAAUGGAAAAUGGGAUAUUCUUGUUUUUUAUUUUUUAAUGUGAACAUUUUACUAGUGGCGAUAUCAGCUGAUCAUGGCAAGCACCGGUCUUAUUUUCUUUGUUGAUCUUUAUUUCUAGAAGCCACCAGUGUACAUUAUUUAAUAUAUUUUUUUUGUUAAUAUGUUAUACAGUAGUUUGGGAUAAACCCUCACAACACAUUGAAUCAGAAUAACUUUGUAACGAUAAUUAAGUGACAUAACAUAAUGAACAUUAAGUGCCCACCACCUGGCAAUAUAACCUGGGGUUGUAUUUUUCACUGCCCCUUCCCCCAGGGCCCUGCAUUGCGCAAUAGUUUAUACCUAAUUCUCAG